GGCUUCCUAUAUAUGUUCAACCCAUUCCCCCUCACGUCUCUAUAUCCUCUUUCUCCUCCUCCUCCUUCUUCUUAAGUUUCUUCUGCUCAUUUAAUCUCGUGGUUCUAAUUGUUAGUUCUAAAACUGGAAGGGAAAUGGGUGCUUGUUUGUCUUCAGUCAGGGGUGAAUAUGAAUCCGAAUCCGAAAGACCCACUUCAGCAAAAGUUGUCUCUUUAAGGGGUGAUCUUCUUCAAUACAAAGUCCCGGUCUCGGUGUCUCAAGUCCUCCAGGCUGAUCCUACGGCUGCUAAUUGUUUUCUCUGCAAUUCUGAUAAUUUGUUGUACGAUGAACACAUUCCGGCUUUGGAUUGGGAUGAACAGCUUGAGGCUAAUCAGAUUUACUUUGUUCUUCCUAACUCUAAGCUGGUACACAAACUGUCUGCAUCAGAUAUGGCAGCUUUGGCUGUGAAAGCCAGCGUUGCUCUUCAAACGGAGUCCAAAAACAGCCGCCAUCGUCGUAAAAAGUCUAAAAUUUCUCCUGUUUUACCCAUCAAUCAAGCCAGUGCUAGUAGUAUUAAUGGAUUUGAUAGGGCAACGACGAAGGAAAAGAGCUUUAAUAAUAAGCCAGCUGCUGUAUCUGAAAGUAGUAUUCGUUUGUCAAGAUCUGGUUCUGUUAGAAAGUUAAAAAGAUACAGUUCAAGACGAGCUAAAUUGGCUGUUCGCUCUUUCAGGCUCAGGCUUGCCACCAUUUAUGAAGGAAGUGUUGCCUAGAUUGAUUUCUUUUUUUCGGCCUUUUGUUCCUUCAUAUCCCUGUGCCUAGAAUGAUUUCUUUUUUUCGGCCUUUUGUUCCUUCAUAUCCCUGUAUAAAAGAACAACGGAGAUUGAAUUUAGUUGUAAGCUUUAACUUCAAUUCAAUCUUCCAUACGUAUAUAUGGAUUUUCCCUUGUUAA